CGGAUGUACUUUCUCACCGGAGCCGCCAUAUGUGGUUCCGCUUUGUUAGUGUAUAGGAAAAUUAGCAGCACGGGACACAAACCAAGGGUAUGCGGAUUGGACUACCCACGUGACUUAGUCAUCCUACAUUCCAUACCACGCGAUCGUCUUACACCAAACCUUGGCCAUUUCUCGUUGAAGCUGGAGACCUAUCUAAGAGUCAAUGCUAUACCAUAUCAGUUUGACGGACAACCACUUCAAGGACCAAAGGGGAAAGUUCCCUGGAUCGAACACAACGGCGUGACGAUGGGAGACUCGCAGUUUAUCAUACAGUACCUAGAGAAAGAGUUCAAGGUGAAUCUGAAUUCUCACCUGUCUCCAAAGGAUAGGGCUCUAGCCUGGGCCAUACAGAAGUGGCUGGAAGAGUUCACAUAUUGGUUGAGCGUGUAUACACGAUGGGUGGUUUUCGUUGACGAUAUGUUUAAAAUGCAAUCAUCUUUCCCCGCUUGGCUGAAAAUACCACUUGGCAGGAAGGUAACAUCCAUGUCGUAUGCUGUCGGAAUUGGUCGCCAUUCCAACGAAGAAGUUCACGCGAUGAUGGUCAACGAUUUAAAGCAGUUUUCGGCAAUUCUAGGUGAUCGGAAAUACGUGAUGGGAGACCGGAUAUGCGACGUUGACUGCGCAGCGUUCGGUAUCCUGUCCCAGGUCCGCUGGUGCACGCCGUCAGCCUGUCCGGGAGCUGCUUUGCUACAAGGUGAUGAAUUAAAGAAUGUCACAGACUACAUGGACAGAAUAAAGAACGACUUUUGGCCAGACUGGGAAGAACUAACAAGUCACGCGGCACAAAAAGCUUUAUGAUGAUGAAAGUAUACGAACUAUUGACUAGCUUGAGGACAAGCAACUGAAUAAAAUACCAUUAAUGACGUUGAUUUAGCUAGAAUUGUUUAAGAUGUAAGUGUUUUCGUAACAUUGCAUGUGUUGCACCAUCUAUUCGAGAAGCAGUCAGUUAAAAUGGUGAUUUGGCUGUCAAUGAACACAUAAUCACAAUUUGUAUAAUGUUGAACAGAUAUGUGUAUGUAUAUUUACAUGAUUUGAUUAGAAAAGCAAACAUUUGACAAAUUAUGCAGUCCAGUAAGCAUAAAUUGAUUCAAUACAUUAGGAAAUAAUCGUUAUUCAAAGGUUUGCGGUUUACAUUUGCCCGAAUACUUAAAGUUCACUUACUUAUCUACAUUGUAACUGGCAAUAUAUAUAUAUAUAUAUUUGAACCAAAUAAUUUGGUUGGUAGCUUGUUCUUUUAGAGAACAAUGAAUAUCAAAUUUAAAGUUGAAUGAAAAGAAAGAUGUGUGUGCUCUUUUUGCUUGAACUUAAAAUAAUUUGAAACUGUAUUGCAAACAUUAAUUUAAAAAUAUCUAAAUAAAGUAAAAGACAUUUGAAUAGUUACUUACGGCUUUUAAACCUAAUAUGCAUGUACAAAUAUAAACGAGUUCUUAGUAAGUUCAGCUGCCAUGUGAUAUUUGACUGGUUUCUUCUUUGAUAAAAUAUCAGGUUCAUUUUUAAUGGCAAAGAAUGUUUUAAGGUUUAAUAAUUUCGAAAAAUUAACAUAACUUUAAUAUAUCUAGCCUUUAAAGCCUUGAAAAUUGCAACAUUAACUAAUUCAUACAGUUUUGUUUCAACCCAGAUGUCAAACAAUAAACCUGUUAAUUGGCAGGCAAGACAAAAGGGUCACUGCGGAUGAUCUGAAUUUGUGAAGAAUACAUGUGUACAUGCAUAUUUAAAUGUUAAAUGUCUAAAACAAAACUCUUUAAGUAUAUUCCUGAUUUUAGCAAGGCUGUUGAAAAAUAAAUGAAUUUAAAUUAAGUUAUUUUUUAUAACUCUAAACAUGAGGUUUGUAGAUUUAACUUAUUCCUUCAAACACAUGAAGUUUUUUUCAGAAAUCAGUGUUCAGAUUUUGCUGUUUUAUUGGUCUUGGUGAAAGCAGUUUUUGUAUUUGCCUUUAAAACCUAAACAACACAUUGUUUCAUACUUUACAUUUUGCACCAGCGUAUGCAUAUGUAGUUGACAGCUGAUUAUGUACAAAUGCACAGUCAUGUUUAUUACAAAUGAGUGUGGGCUUUGGGCUGUUAAGUUGUUACAUUUGCCCCAUGAUCAUGGUAUAUAAAUAUAUAUAUUUGGAACAUUUUCCUGUGUCAGAGUCCGGUUGAGUCAA